AUGGAGAAGAAAGACACUGUCCUCGGUCAUAUUUUCACCCCAGCUGGGGUUUCACUAUCAUCGGAAUGGGUGGUACGUUCGCAGUGGUCCCGAAUUCUAGCAAAUGGAAUGGUUUCUUUCACUGCGCAGCUAGCUGGAGAUGCAAGCCACCGCAACGGCGAUACCCUUGGAAAUUGUGAAGACGAGGAGCAUCAACGCUUCAAUCCAUGGCACGGCAUUGAAGAUGAAUAUUUAUCAGAACCUCUCUCCAGUCCACAGCUUCUUCUUCAUCUAGGAGGCCAGGUGGACAUGAGUCGUGCAUUUACCAACGAGGAGCUCGCCGCUCUUGUGGUUCCUAUCGCUAGUCAAGUCGAAAGUAGCGCCCAUGAUGAAAAUAGUGACGACUUCCAGCGUCUACGGUCAGAAUUACGGUUCCGGCUGCAAGAAGUGUAUCGCAUUGCGUGGACAGUUCCUCCGAUAAAUCGAAUACUCGGAUACACUAGCAAUCUCAUGCUUCUCAACGAAGACGUGGAUCUUUUUUUUAACCAAAAGAAUCUCCGCUCUAUUCUCGACAAUUUCGGAAAUCACAGAGUACCCGACGCCACGCUAACCAAAAUCGUGGAGAUACUCAGAGGAAUUACGUUCGAGCUGUGGCAACUUUAUCAAAACCAACUCUGGGUCGAGCUGGCGUAUGGCAGCAAGAGUAGUGGUAACAAAGUCGCAUUCACCACAACAUUUGGCAUCAACCGCAUGAUCGUUGUCAAUGUUAGUCACGAAGUCUACGAGUACUGCACUCAGUCUUGGAAGGUUAUCGAUGAAGCUCUAGAGACUUCAAGCUCUUCUGAGGUUAAGCAAGCUCGAUCAGCGUCCACACGACCCAAAAAUCCUGUGCAGCAGCUUGUUAUGGUUAUUUCAGGUGAUCUGAUGAUGUGGGGGGCGUCUAAACUCUAUCCUGCUCUGCGGACAGAAAUCGUCAAGUUGCUUGAGAAACUUUUUGCGUGGAAAUUUGUGAACCGAGUCCAUCGAGAAGUUGCAGUGAUAUGCUGUCGUAAGAGUGGCAGCUCCAUCUCCUUCGAGAUAACAGACGAAAAACUCAGCGAAAAGCUGACGCUCACGUCUGUUGGCUCCAUUAGUGAGGCUCGUGAGCUGCUUCAUCGGGACCAGAGGAGAGCUAAGGGAGCUACAGCAGUCGUAGGGAAAGGUGCAGCAAUUUCCAAAGGAUAUUUUUCCAACCGAUUUUCAUACGCGAGUGUCACCAACACUGGAAGUGGCCAAUUGGCUACUCGAUGCCGGACGUUUGUAAGCUAUCGCUUUGUGAGUGACUAUCGGCGAGGGUUUUUAGACGAGACUAUUCGCUUCUUUCCACGUGUGACGUUGCCUAAGGCUGUCCUCGGACCUGUCAUUGGACGAAUGGUUCUCACGGAGGCUUCAAAAGCAGUCUCCGAAGAACCACUUGCUGAGGGUGAUCCCGGUGAUCCAGUGAAAAUGAACUUCACGGUGCCAAUUCUACUCGAGAUUGACGCAGAUGCUCGCGUUGUGUGUGUUGUGACGGACAUCCUCGCCAACCAAGAUAUCCGCGUAGUAGCAGCUUUGAGGCGCUAUCAGCCGCACGUGUUUGGACUUCCAUUGCUGGUACCAGAACGUCGAUAUGUUUACCGUUUUGAGGGAAUUGCGAACUCGGAAACCCGUCGUGGGAGCUUUCACACGCCUUCCUGCGCGUCAGCUGCAGUGAAUUUCAUGACUGUAAGUUCAAACUUCCCCGAACAAAUGGACGAGUCGGGUGACAGUUUGUGGGUGGCGAUCAAAAAUCGUGUUCAAGUGUCUUGGUGCGGUCUCGACAUGGUUUUGCACUUGGGAGGCCAAGUACCGAUGCACGAAGCUGCUAUUGAGUGUUUUGAGUGGGCUCCGUCACAUGAGGCAUCAUUGCGUCGAAAGAUUCGACAUCGUCUUCAGCAGCGUUAUCGUAUUUGUUGGAACGUGCCAAACGUACGUGAAACACUCGCACAUACCAGCAAUUGGUUCCUACGCUCACAAGCCGACAUUGCUCCAUUCUUCCGAAAUCAUGAAAUACUCAACACGAAAGCUGCGCAACUUGUGCUUUCUGAGGCUAAGACAAUUGCUGCGGACUACCAACUUUCACUGAUGCGGCAUGACAACGAAUUCACGGCGGAAAACGUCGACGAACAAAGAGGCACAGCACAAUUCAUUCAGACCGGCGAAGUUGGAAUUUUCAUGUGUGAUAUACGAAGCACCCCUCGCGACGACGUGGUGACUUGCAAUAAUCGCCUCAUGACUCCCCUUACCCAGCAGGAGGGUGCAGUUAUCGGGGAAAAGCAAUGGCUGCAACUCGAGAAAGCUCUCAAAAAGAAGGCAGUAAUGAUAUUUGUGCUUUGCCUGGAGCUUCCACUCAUUCUCACAGACGCAAAACACGUGGACGCUAUGCGUGAAGAAGCUUCUUCUUCUGGAUCCGAUUCUGCUCAAGAAGAAGCGGUUGGUCGAUGGAAGUUGUAUGACCGUCACGAAAUAUCUCAACAUUGGGUUUCGUGCCGUCGACAAUUAGAGCAACUGCUGAAUCUACUUUUUCGAUGGAAGGCGAAGCACCGAGGCCGAGAUGUGGUCGUAUUGAGCGGUGGAAUGCGCGUUGGCCUCGAAACUUUGCUACAAGAUCGGGAGACCAAAUUAUCCGUACGCAACCUCACCGUCGGUCCAGUGACAGCGCGUGUUGAACCUGAUUUCGAGAACAUUCCACUCCAUGGUACGGCGUGCCCCACAUUUCUCGGUGGUGCGCGAGAUGAACGGUUCACUUUCGCUCACAAAGUAUUGAGCAGCAAAAACUACCUUUUAACCCAUGCUGUGAUAACUCGCGAACAGACGGAAUUUAUCGCCGAUGAAGCAGCUCACCCCAUUACUCUGCAUCGACGCUUCCCAACGUGGUGGGUCAACUACGUUCCCAUGGGAAAGGUUGUCUUCUGGGACGACACCGUUAUGAUGCGAGCACAGUCCGACGAGGAUGUGACUGCAUUGGCACAGUACCUUCAUGAUGGACGCGAGUUCACAGCCGCACUUGAGGUUCUGUUCGAGAAACAUCAAUUCGCCGAGGCUGCUCGAAUGGAGGAACUGCGCAGUAAGCAUCGAAGACGACAGCGAGGUCCUGAAGAAUUGAGAUCAAGUCUUCGCGCAGUCUUUGCAGAGCUGUGGAAGGUACUUCCUGAAACAUAUCGACAACGAGUGGCCUACUUCCAGGACGACUUCGUGUUUGACUUCUUGCUAGGAUAUCUGGCAUCUGAGCUGUUCGAGGACAACGAAGCGCAAGAUGAAGAGGUCGAAAGGCCACCACUGGAGUUUGCCGCGUUCUCCACACUCUGUCGAGACUUCAUUUUCAACGCUGGUAUGCUCAACUUGUGUCUGGUAAUGCAGCAGGAGGACGAGCGUCGUCAGGCUGCACUUCGACGAGCUGAGGGACGUCGUCAGGCUGCUAAGCGGGACGCUCUACGGACUCAACAAGAGCAGCAACGUGCCGAAGAAGAAGCUGAACUUGAACGUCUGCAACGAGAGAAUCCUCAAGAAUACGCAAAACGCAAGUUGGCGGAGCAGGAAGUUGCUCAGAAGGAGAAACAAGCAAAAGCUGACGCAGCACGCGAGCGACGCAAGGUCGAGAAGCUUCGUGUUGUGGAAGAAGAGCUGGCCAUUGCAAAGGAGCAGCGCAAACUCGACAAGUUGGCAGAACGUGGAGAUGAUCCGCAACAGUUUAAUCGCCGACGUGAAGUGCUAGCUGCUCGAGUGCGUAAAUUGGAGGAACGCAAGCGUUACCGAGAAGCUGCUGAGGCUCGUCGUCGCGAGAAGAAGGAGAGCAAGAAGAAAGAGAACGUUACCUGA